UAACACUCAGCACUGCUGCUGCUGCUUCUGCGGCUCCUACAAUGUAACAGCACCGUGAACUGAGACACAACUGAAAAAAGUCAGCGAUCCUGAUGAGCCGACCUCCGGAGUGGGAAAUGCGUUUUUAUUCUCCUACGAGUUCCCUUCCACCGCCCUAGUGGUCCGUUGACUGGAUUGUAAAGUGUCGUCGCUGACUGGCUUUACAGGAUUGAGUUUAUGUGGAUUAUUGGAACCGGAGGCCCCGUUGAGUUGAAUGUGUGUGCUGGGCUGGAGCGGGUCAGUAUGAGGCUGCUGCUGCUGCUCUGAGCGGGCUCUCCGCUCCUCCGCCUUGGGUCUCUAACGAAAUAACCUUUACUUAUAAAACUGGACACCCCUGGAGCAGUUUAUGACGACUCUGGUUGGACCGUAAUGACCACACGCUUCCGGUUGCCUGCAGGCAGAUCCUACAAUGUCCGGGCGACGGAGCUGGCACGCGACAGGCAGCGCACCGAGGUGGUCUGCAACGUUCUUCUUUUGGAUAACACUGUCCAGCCUUUCAAAGUCAAUAAACACGAUCAAGGACAGAUCCUACUGGACGCUGUCUUCAAGCACCUGGAGCUGACCGAGAAAGACUAUUUUGGGUUGCACCUGGCCGACGACUCCUCUGAUAGCCCGAGGUGGCUGGAUCCAAAUAAACCCAUAAGGAAGCAAUUAAAAAGGGGCUCCCCACAUCAUCUGAACUUCCGGGUGAAAUUUUUUGUGAGUGACCCCAACAAACUUCAGGAAGAAUACACACGGUACCUGUAUUUUCUACAGAUUAAGCAGGACAUACUCAGUGGAAGACUGCCCUGUCCGCACAAUACUGCCGCACUCCUGGCAUCAUAUGCUGUUCAGUCUGAGCUGGGUGAUUACAGUGAGGCCGAGAAUUUGUCAGGAUACCUGUCUGAGUUCUGCUUCAUCCCCAACCAGCCUCAGGGCUUUGAAAAAGAUGUCACCAAACAUCACCAGCAACACAAGCCUGGACACAGUGGACUUAACCCAGCACAGUCUGAAUUCAAUUAUCUGAACACGGCACGAACGUUGGAACUCUAUGGAGUGGAACUGCACUAUGCAAGGGAUCAAAGCAACACAGAGAUUUUCAUGGGCUUGAUAUCAACUGGCAUUGCCAUCUACAAGAACAGGGUACGAAUCAACUACUUUCCAUGGUUGAAGAUCGUGAAAAUAUCUUUUAAAUGCAAACAGUUUUUCAUCCAGAUAAGAAAAGAGGCACACGAGACAAGAGAUACAUUGCUAGGUUUCAACAUGGUAAACUGUAGGGCCUGUAAAAAUCUCUGGAAGGCCUGUGUUGAACACCACACCUUCUUCCGGCUAGAUCGGCCCGUUCCUCCACAGAAGAACUUCUUUGCGCACUACUUCAGUUUGGGCUCCAAGUUCCGUUACUGCGGGAGGACUGAAGCACAAUCUGUUCAGUAUGGCAAGGAGAAGGGAAUCAAGGACAGAGUGUUUGCAAGAUCUCCCAGCAAGCCCCUGGACAGAAAGUUGAUGGGUGUGACAGACUGGGAAGCAGUGAGCAGGAACUCACUGUCUGAUGAGAGGCUGGAGACCCGUAGCCUUCCCACCCGCUCCCCCCCUGGGACGCCCAACCAUAGGAACUCCUUAUUUGUGCAUUGUGAGGGUCCCCGGCUACGGCCCUCUUCUAUGGGUCACCUGGUGGACCAUGUCAUCCACGCCUCCCCCAGCCUUCCUGUUUUCUCCAAUCACAAAUCAGCUUCCUCUACACAAGCUAACAGCAUCAGCCUGGAGUCUACGCCGUCUCCGGAAGGUGUUGAAGGCCCGCCCCCUGCCCUCCCUCCCAAACAGUCCCGGAAGAACCUGAGCCAGCUUAUACUGUCCCACUCCCAACAGGAGUUGGACAACCACAUCAACGAAAUGUACGAUGUCCCCAUAGCAACAGACAAGACCAUGCCCAAUGGAGUCAUUCCUCAUGACAACCUUGUCCUGAUUAAAAUGAAACCGGAUGAGAAUGGGAGAUUUGGGUUUAAUGUGAAGGGUGGCUCUGAUCAGAAGAUGCCCAUUAUUGUGUCUCGAGUAGCGCCUGGAACAUCGGCUGAUUUGUGUGUGCCUCGACUGAACGAGGGCGAUCAGGUUGUACUGAUCAACGGUAGAGAUAUUGCAGAGCACACACAUGAUCAGGUGGUCAUGUUCAUCAAGGCCAGCUGUGAGAGCCAUUCGGGGGAGCUCAUCCUGUUGGUGCGGCCCAAUGCUAUCUAUGAUGUAGUUGAGGAGAAACUGGAGACGGAGCCGGAUUUUCAGUACAUCCCAGAGAAAUCUCCCACAGACCCAUCACACCUAGACCAGGAUGCCUGGAGGGACUCAAUGCUGCAGUUAAAGGAGGGUCUCAACAAUGCUACUAUACUAGCCCAGUUUGAUCAACUGUAUCGGAAAAGACCUGGAAUGACAAUGUCAUGUGCCAAAUUACCUCAGAAUAUUUCCAAAAACCGCUACAGAGACAUCUCACCGUAUGAUGCUACUAGAGUCAUCUUGAAAGGCACAGAUGACUACAUCAAUGCAAAUUACAUCAAUAUGGAAAUCCCUGCCUCCCGUCUCAUAAACCGCUAUAUCGCCUGCCAGGGGCCGCUGCCCAACACAUGCCCGGAUUUCUGGCAGAUGACGUGGGAGCAGGGCUCCUCUAUGGUAGUCAUGCUUACUACUCAGGUUGAACGAGGACGUGUAAAGUGCCAUCAGUACUGGCCGAACCCCUCAGGUAGCGCUACAUAUGGUGGCUUUCAGGUUUCCUGCCAGACUGAGGAGGGAAACUCUGCUUUCUUGGUUAGAGAAAUGACUCUUAAUCACAUUGAGAGUGGGGAGAGCAGGGAGUUGACCCAAAUCCAGUACCUGGCAUGGCCUGAUCAUGGUGUACCAGAUGACUCAACGGACUUCCUGGAUUUCGUGGCUCUGGUCCGCAAUAAACGAGCUGGGAAGGAUGAGCCCGUUGUGGUCCACUGCAGCGCUGGGAUUGGCCGGACGGGAGUUCUCAUCACCAUGGAGACGGCAAUGUGUCUGAUGGAGUGCAGUCAGCCAGUGUAUCCAUUAGACAUUGUGAGAACCAUGCGGGAUCAGAGGGCCAUGAUGAUUCAGACGCCUAGCCAGUUCAAGUUUGUGUGCGAGGCCAUACUGAAGGUUUACGAGGAGGGCCUGGUGAAACCGCUCAAGUCCAUUCUGCACGAAUCCAACUAAUGCAAUGCCAGCUUUUCCCGAAAAUGAUGCUGGAAUUCACUGACAGGAUCUUCUCCACGUGAUGAUAUCGCAGCUUCGCGACAGAGCGAUGGAGAAGCAUCUCGAGCCAGGAACACAGGACAUAAACAAAGCACUGCUGCACUUUACGCUGGCAAAGAGACUAUAUGCCAGGCUUUAAUGAGGAGAGAAAGAAAGGACAAAAAAAUCUAACAAAGGUGAAUUAGGUACAUGAUGGGACUUUGAGUGUUCAGGGUUUUGACAAAUAUAUAUGUUAAUAAUGAAUAUAGUAAAGAGAUUGCUGGUGCCAUAAGUAAGUGUGUGAGGGCAGGCCCGUGAAUGAAUGAGUGUUUUUAUAUGUGGUCACCUAUUAUUUGGAGACAAACAACACCCACAAAUCAAUUCACAUCCAGGCCUGUGCUGCAGAUGAACAUUUGUAUUUUUAUUAGGAAUAUUUAUUGUUUUACUUACAAAUUUUGAGCCCUGCUCAUGCAACUUAACUAACUACUAACAAAUCAAAAUUCAUAUUUCUUAUAUUUUUUCUGUUUGCUGUUCUCCUUCUUUGGCACAGGGUGAAAAUAGUUUUAUUUAUUUUGCUGUCAAACUAAAAUGCUGUCAACAAGGACUUUAAAGCACUCUGCAUUACAGCUGUGAUGCAAAAUAUCAGUUCAGUCUCUCAAUGCAGAUGUUAAAGGAAUAGUUCAUCCAAAAAUGAAAAUAUUUUAAGUAUUUACUCACCCUUGUGUCUUUCCAAUACCAUAUGUUCUUUCAUCAACAGAUGUUUUGAGAAAUGUUCAUGCUGCUCAUUUUCAUACAAUGAAAGCCUACAAGAAAAAAACAAACAAAAAAACACCAUAAUAUUGACUAUAUUCCAAAUCUUCUUAAGCCAAAUAAUAGCUUUGUGUGAGGAAAAGACUAAAAGAAUAAACUGUUGAAUAUUAAAUUCAGGACCACAAACCAACCAGAAAUUCACUUUGAAAAUGAAAUUGAUUCUUUUUCUUUUUUAAAUUGCUGUUGUUUUGUUGUAAGAAGAAUGCCAUUCAGAAAUUUGAUCUGUCCAGAAGUAAACAUUCCCUCAAAAUGAACUACAUUAUCAUUUAAAAUCAGAUAUUCAAUUAAAGGGUUUAGUAUCCCUUUUAGGUGAUGUAAUAUCUAUGUGUUGCGAAUAAGAACUGCUUUUUUUUGUUGUUGUUGCUAAAUCUGAACGUUACACACCACAGUGUGUCAAAUGCAGUACUGUGUUGGGGGAUCAGAUUGGAGUUUGUUUAUGGUUGACCUGUUUAUUUCUUGUUGCAGACUGCUCAUGCAGAAUAUCUCGCCAACAUUAGCAAGCUAAGAGUGUGUCCAGUAUGUGUGUUGUUAUUACUGUAUGUUUCUGCUGUCUGUAUGUGUGUAAGUGUGUUUUAUAAUACUGUUAGUGUGAAUGUAAUAACCCAAAUCACAUGUUCAGGUUUGAUCUCUAGGCCUGGUUCAACACAUUAGAGCUGGUGCCUGGCUCAGACUGUAUGAUUUUAUUUAGUUUAUUUAAUUAAGCCCUAGUUUUAUGACCAGUCUUAUGUUUAGAAUCCAUCAAAUCCAACAUCGGCAUUGAUUUUGACAAAAUUGCAUUGGCUUCUCAUGCUAAGAUGUUGCUGUCUGAGAUGUCUGCAAAUUAAAUGUGUGACCCAUUGCCCAGUUUCACAGGCUGUCUCUAGUUGAACGCAGAGUUGUCCAUACCUGUACUCUUUGUAAGGUACUAUCUACUUUUACAGUCAAUCAUAUGCCAUUUCUCUGUGGUCAUGCUUGCUGGAGAACCUUGGUUUUAGGACCAAAUAAUUCCCUUCUAUGCUCAACAGGUUACAGGUUUUACCAAAAGACAUUUAAAACAGGAAUACGACAUGCAAUUUCGGAGAAACUACACGCCUCCUGUCUUGUGGGAAAGACAGCACUUUUUCAACAAAGAUGUACUAUUGUAGACUGGCGUUAACGUUUAUUUGCUGCAAGGUCAAGUUGUGCCACUUGUCCAUUUUUAUGAAAAUAUUAUAAAGUGUACAUACAAUGUUGUAUAUUAAAAAGAAAGUCUUUAAAAUAAAA